AUGUCUGGAUGGGUGAUAGCUAUCAUGGAUGCACUCAACUAUGCGGGUGUAGUGAGCUUUGCACCUGAAAAGGAUAUCCCAGAUCUGACCGGGAAGGUCAUCCUGGUCACGGGCGGAAAUGCAGGGUUAGGCAAAGAAACAGUCUUCCAGCUGGCCAAGCACAAUCCGAAGAAGAUAUUUCUCGGUGCGCGUUCAAAAGCAAAGGCAGAAGAAGCCAUCAAAUCGCUGAAAUCAUCCGUUUCAAAUAACGUUGAGAUCACCUGGAUACCGUUGGACUUGAUGUCGGAUAAAUCGAUCAAGAAUGCAGCGCAGCAAGUGAGCGCCCAGUCAUCUCGUCUCGACAUCCUAAUCCUCAAUGCUGGUGUGAUGGCUCUACCGCCUGGUGAGACUGAAAUAGGCCAUGAGAUCCAGCUUGGCACAAAUCAUACCGGGCACUUUCAUCUUACCAAGUUGCUGCUGCCAAUACUUCUUAAGACGGCCGAAGAACCUGGCUCGGAUGUCCGUGUCGUGUCGCUCUCUUCUGUGGGGCAUAAUUUCUCGCCGGCAUUUGAGAAAAUCUUGGACCAAGAGAAGCUCAAGAAGAUCAACACAAUUGCUCGGUACGGAGCGUCGAAGGCUGCUAAUAUUCUCUUUGCCGCUGAACUUAGCAGGCGUUACCCGUCAAUAACGUCGGUGGCGGUCCAUCCAGGUAUUAUCGUGACGAAUUUGUAUGACGCUUUGAAUUUGCAUUUUCCGUUUGCUGCUUUGGGCUCAAAGGUUUUGCGUUUCUCUGGCUCGACAGUGCAUCAGGGCGCGUGUAACUCGUUGUGGGCUGCUACUGGUCCGAAGGAGGAUAUCACCAACGGAGGAUAUUACGUGCCUGUUGGAAUUUUGAAACAUCGAAACAAAUGGGCAUGCAAUGAGGAUAUGGGGAAGCGCUUGUGGGAAUGGACUGAGUUGGAGCUUACCAAGCCCAACCUCUGA